CCGAUCGCCAGUCUCCCCGUGGAGCUCCUCUCGUACAUCUUCCUUCUCGGAGCACACACCCCAGACCCGGAACAUCACGAAGAAGGAUACAGUACGGACGAACUCACUCGAGAUGGUAUCUCACCUUGUAUGUCCUCCUCUUCCACAAGUCCGGAAGUGUUCGCGUCAGUCAACAAGCACUGGCGCGUGGUCGCACUCGGAACUCCCCACCUCUGGACGAGGAUCGUCGUGACAAUUGGAGAUACCAUGAAUGAUCGUGGUGGCCCGAUUUUCGCGAACGCUUCGAGAUAUCUGGCAAGAUCGGCCAAGUGCCUUCUUGACAUCUUCAUCGACGCACGCGACCCGGACUGGGACUUCUCCGAAGUAGACCCCUACAAUGACGAGUUGUACGACUACCAGCACCCUUUCCGAGUGGAGCACAUGCAUCAUGUGCUGAACAUCCUCCUUCCCCAUGUCCGCCGCUUCCGCUCCCUCGCCAUCCUCACGGACCGUUGGGCACCCAUGCAAACGGCUCUUGACUGCAUCGGUAUGGAAUUACCCCAGCUUGUCUCUGCUCCACGUCCGUUACCUCUGAGUCUUCCAUCCCUCGAGAGUCUCGUUCUCAUGCGCUGCAACGAGUUCGUUCCUUAUCUUGCCGAGUUCAGCCCCACCGACAGGAAGGAUCCCAACUAUCUGCCCUUCAGUGCGCUCCUACGCGCUAACGAGCGCGCGCAGACGGACGAACCCGUUCUUCCGCGUCUCAAGAAACUCAUCCUGUCAGGGGUCCAUACGAACUGGGCCGAGCUUCCUCGCCUCCUACCUGCGCAGCUAACCGCUCGGGCUCCAGGGCUGGAGACGUUGCAACUGUCCUACCACUGCAACGAGGUGCGACCAACCGAGCGGGAUUUCAAAGCGCUGCUCGAACGCUGCCCUCGCCUCAAGGAGCUCACCGUGCGCGUCUCAGGUCCCAGCCUGUCCCCCGGCGACAUGUCUACAAGCUGCAGCUCCUCCUACGUCGAGGAGCCCCUCCCUCUACCUUGCCUAGAGUCCAUCGAGCUGGGAUACGACGACGCGUAUGCCGCCGCGACCAUCCUCGACACGCUCAACGCGCCUGCGCUGCGCCAUCUCGCCCUUGAGGAGUCGUCCUCUCCGGCCCUCGAAGAGCGCCUGGACGCCGAGCCGCUCCUGACCGCAUGUACAGUCCCGACGGCACAGGCGAGCGUCGCUGCGGACAAGUCACCCUUCCCUGCUCUGGAGAGCCUCGCGCUCACUAAGGUCCACGCGUCGGCAGAGGCGUUCGCGGCGCUGUACAAGGCGCUGCCGAGCCUGCGCGAGCUGACGGUGUCUCAGAUGUUCUUGCUCGGGGGAGAGGCGCUCCGUCCA